GUAGGUGGCAGCAGCAGCAGCUCAUGCCAGGCGUGUUUAGUGUGUGGGUGUGUGGGUGGAAGAGCAGGAAAGGUGGAUGAGAGGGACAGCAGAGCGAUUCGGUUUGAAAUCUCUUCGGUCAGUCAUGCACUGAAUUGUUAUUCGGUGUUUGUGUAGCAGGAGUAGCGCCUCGCCACCGUGUCUCAGCGUUAUACUGGAGUGUGAGAGUGCAGCAGUGUAUAUUGCAUAACGACGAAUGGACGCUAGCUGUAGCAUUUAGCUGAGUAAUGAGCGAGCUGAAAGCGGAGGACAAGGCGUAAGGCUGUACUCGGGCUCUGUGGUUGCCGUGCGGAUGUCGCUGCGGCGCUGCUCGGCUCGGUCCGGCUCUCCGGCGGUGCUGGAGCCGGCAGCGGGCAGGGAGCUGUUCGAGGCCUGCCGAAGCGGAGAGCUGGAGCGGGUCAAGAAACUGCUCACUGCCGAGAAUGUGAACAGCAGAGACACCGCGGGCCGCAAGUCCACCCCGCUGCACUUCGCCGCCGGAUUUGGCCGUAGAGAUGUAGUGAGCUACCUGCUGCAACAUGGAGCUAACGUUUAUGCACGGGAUGAUGGUGGCCUCAUCUCGCUCCACAACGCCUGCUCGUUUGGCCAUGCUGAGGUAGUCAACCUGCUGCUACAGCACGGAGCAGACCCUAACUCCAGAGACAACUGGAACUACACUCCUCUCCAUGAGGCAGCUAUCAAGGGCAAGAUCGACGUCUGCAUCGUUCUGCUGCAGCAUGGAGCUGAACCGAGCAUCAGAAACACAGACGGGAGGACGGCCCUGGACCUAGCCGAGGCCUCCACUAAGGCAGUCCUGACCGGGGAGUACAGAAAAGACGAACUUCUCGAGAGUGCAAGGAGUGGAAACGAGGAGAAGCUGAUGAGCCUGCUCACUCCUUUGAACGUGAACUGUCACGCCAGUGAUGGACGAAAGUCAACCCCCCUGCAUCUGGCCGCAGGCUACAAUCGGGUGAAGACAGUGCAGUUGUUGUUGCAGCAUGGCGCUGACGUCCACGCUAAAGACAAAGGUGAUCUGGUGCCUCUCCAUAACGCCUGCUCAUACGGCCAUUACGAGGUCACUGAACUACUCAUAAAGCAUGGUGCGUGCGUUAACGCAACGGAUCUGUGGCAGUUCACGCCGCUGCACGAGGCGGCUUCCAAGAACCGCGUGGAGGUGUGUUCGCUCCUGCUGAGCCACGGAGCCGACCCCACCUUCCUGAACUGCCACAACAAGAGCGCCAUCGACCUGGCGCCUACUGCGCUCCUCAAAGAUCGCUUGGCCUAUGAAUUCAGAGGUUACGCACUACUUCAGGCAGCACGUGAGGCCGAUCUCUUCCGCCUUAAAAAACACCUCUCGCUGGAGACCAUCAACUUCAAACAUCCCCAAACUCAUGAGACAGCUCUGCACUGCGCGUCCGUGUCACCUUAUCCUAAGAGGAAGCAAGUGUGCGAGAUUCUGCUGAGGAAGGGCGCCAAUAUAAACGACAAGACAAAAGACCUCCUGACGCCGCUGCAUCUCGCUGCUGAGAAGUCACACAAUGACAUCAUUGAACUGUUAGUGAAGCAUGAAGCCAAGGUCAAUGUGGUGGACAAUCAGGGGCAGACGCCGCUGCACAGGGCCGCUCAGUGCGGACAUCUGCAGAGCUGCAGGCUGCUAAUGAGCGCUGGCUCGGACCCGCUCAUCACCUCACUGCAGGGCUUCACACCCUCCCAGCUCUCCAACGACUCUAUCCAGGACAUAUUGCAGGAAGGAGUGCUGGCAGGGAAUUUGGACACAGACAGGCAGCUCCUGGAGGCCUCCAAGUCAGGAGACCUGGAGACUGUGAAGAAGAUGUGCACGCUACAGAACGUGAACUGCAGGGACGCAGAGGGACGUCAGUCCACACCGCUGCACUUUGCAGCUGGAUACAACCGCGUGGCAGUGGUGGAGUACCUGCUGCAGCACGGUGCUGACGUACACGCUAAAGACAAAGGAGGCCUGGUUCCGUUACAUAACGCGUGCUCAUACGGACACUACGAGGUGGCAGAGCUGCUGGUGAUACACGGUGCUGUGAUUAACGUGGCCGACCUGUGGAAGUUUACGCCGUUGCACGAGGCUGCUGCAAAGGGCAAGUACGAAAUCUGCAAACUACUGCUUCAGCAUGGCGCAGAUCCCACCAAGAAGAAUCGUGAUGGGAACACACCUCUGGACCUGGUGAAGGAGGGGGACACAGACAUCCAAGAUCUGUUGAGGGGAGACACGGCACUGCUGGAUGCUGCCAAGAAAGGCUGUCUGAGCCGGGUGAAAAAGCUUUGUAGCCCAGGGAAUGUCAACUGCAGGGACACACAUGGACGCCACUCCACACCGCUCCAUCUGGCAGCUGGUUAUAAUAACCUGGAGGUGGCGGAGUAUUUGCUGCAGCAUGGCGCAGAGGUGAACUCGCAGGACAAAGGAGGUCUUAUUCCUUUACAUAAUGCUGCUUCCUAUGGGCACGUGGACGUGGCCGCAUUGCUCAUCAAGUACAACGCAUGCGUCAAUGCCACUGAUAAGUGGGCAUUCACGCCGCUGCAUGAGGCUGCUCAGAAAGGGAGGACACAGCUGUGUGCUCUGCUGCUUGCACACGGUGCCGAUCCUACGCUACGCAACCAGGAAGGCCAGUCGCCGCUGGACCUUGUGACGGCCGAUGAUGUCCGUGCCUUGCUGACCGCAGCCAUGCCUCCGUCUGCAUUGCCAGCCUGUUACAAGCCGCAGGUCAUCAGCGUGUCAGCCUCUGACCUCUCCUCUGGUUCUGGCUCCGCCCCCCAGCUCCCCGCCUCUGGCCUGGAGUCACAGGAUGGCCACUUGCCAGAGCUGCCGGGGCCGUCAGGAGCCGAGGGAGCUGUGGGAGUGGAAAAAACCGAGGAGGGUGCAGCCUUGGAAUUGAGUAUCAACCAGUUUCUUCAUAAACUUGGAUUGGAACAUCUUCUGGAGAUCUUUGACCAGGAACAGAUAACUCUGGACGUGCUUGUGGAAAUGGGGCACAAAGAGCUGAAGGAGAUCGGCAUCAACGCUUACGGCCACAGACACAAGAUCAUCAAAGGAGUGGACAGGUUCAUUACCGGACCUCAGAGUUCGAAUCCCUAUUUAACUCUGAACACGGCCAACAGUGGAACUAUACUGAUCGACUUGGCCUCGGAUGACAAGGAGUUUCAGUCGGUUGAAGAGGAGAUGCAGAGCACAAUCAGAGAGCACAGAGACGGCGGUCACGCCGGUGGAGUUUUCAACAGAUACAACAUUGUAAAGAUCCAGAAGGUGUGUAAUAAGAAGCUGUGGGAGAGAUACACACAUCGCAGGAAGGAGGUGUCCGAGGAGAACCACAAUCACUCCAACGAGCGCAUGCUGUUCCACGGUUCUCCUUUUGUAAACGCCAUCAUCCACAAAGGCUUCGACGAGAGACACGCCUACAUCGGAGGCAUGUUCGGGGCCGGGAUCUACUUUGCCGAGAACUCCUCCAAGAGUAACCAGUAUGUGUAUGGUAUUGGAGGAGGCACUGGGUGUCCUCUUCACAAGGACAGGUCAUGCUACACGUGUCAGAGGCAGCUGCUGUUCUGUCGUGUAACUCUUGGGAAAUCCUUCCUUCAGUUCAGUGCCAUGAAGAUGGCCCACUCUCCACCAGGCCACCACUCGGUGUCAGGCAGGCCCAGCGUCAACGGCCUUGCCCUCGCCGAGUACGUCAUCUACAGAGGAGAGCAGGCUUAUCCUGAAUAUUUGAUCACCUAUCAGAUCAUCAAACCGGAUGGGACUAUGGAUUAAGACGAUGCCUCUUCAGAAAGGACUGUUAUACACACUGCAUGCACAUUGUCAUAAUCUCAUAAUUAAUACACUGUAUAGAACACUGUAUGUUUUGUUCCAUCUUUUCUACUUUCCUUCCUUCGCACUUGAUAUUUAUCAUGUUACACAGUUAACCGUCUACUCAACGUGUGCACUGAUAACUGUCCUUUCCGCAGCAAAAGACCUUAUAGAGUCAGUCGCCAACACUGUAAAUCAAGUUUUCAAGAAGCCUAAUGCAUCACAAACGUGGCUUAUUUAUUUUACACAACUGUAAGACAACUGUAUAUAUUUUGUUUUGUACCAGCAUGUUGAUAUAUUGAUAUUUGUAUUAUAAAGAUUCUAUGCUUGGACGAUGUGUUGUAUAAAAUGUAUGCCAAUUUCAGAGGUACUUUUUGUUUGGAGGUAAUCCAGUUAAAGCUACAGGAUGUAAGAUUUUGGAAUUCCACACUCUCCGGAGGGGGAAAAAAAGCCCCACUGCGGGCUACAUGUGGAAGAACAUUUUGUAAUGUGGGUCGGAUUAAUCUCGUGGCUGCGAGUGCCAGUUUAUACGCAUUCAGAUGAGUUGUACAACUAAAUAACAACGACACCGUUGAGGCUCGAGUACAGUGUUGUGAAAAAGUAUCCUGAUUUCUUCUGUUUUUGUGUAUAUCUCAUACUAAAUCAUUUUAGAUCUUCAAACAAAAACACACAAUACAGUUUUUAUUUAUUUAUUUGUUUGUUUAUUUUUUUAUACCUAUCACCAAUAUGAAAAACAAAUUGCCCCCUUAUACUCAAAAUCUGGUUAUGCCACCUUUAGCAGCAAUAACUACAACCAAAUGCUUCUGAUAACUGGAGAUCAGACUUUCACUUAUUUCUAGGACUAGGAUUUACUCCUACACUUUGGAUCAUUGUCUUGCUGCAUAAUCCAGUUGCGCUUGAGUUUCAACUUACAGACUGAAGGACGGACAUUCUCCUUUAGGAUUUUCUGGUUGAGAGCAGAAUUCAUGUUUCCCUCAAUUAAUGCAGGUUGUCCAGGCCCUGAAGCAGCAAAGCAUCCCCACACCAUCACACUGCCACCACCAUGCUUGACUGUAGGUAUGAUGUUCUUUCUGUGGAAUUCUGUGUUUGGUUUAUGCCAGAUGUUAUGGGACUCCUGUCUUCCAAACAGUUACACAUUAAACUCAUCAGUCCAUAGAACAUUCUCCCAAAAGGUUUGAGGAUCAUCAAGGUGUGUUUUGACAAAAUUCAGAUGAGCCUUAAUGUUCUUCUGGGUUAGCAGUGAUUUUCACCUCGCCACUCUUCCAUGGAUGCCAUUUUUGCUCAGUGUCUUUCUGAUAGUGGAGUCAUGAACAGUGGCCUUUAUUGAUGCAGGAGAGGCCUGUAGGUCCUUUGAAGUUGUCCUUGGGUCUUUUGUGACUUGCUGGAUGAGUCGUUACUGUGCUCUUGGAGGAAUUUUGGAAGGUUCACUAGUACAUUGAGUUUUUCACUGUGGUCACUGUGGUUCUUUUGGAGUCCCAGAGCCUUUGAAAUAUCUUUGUAACCCUUCCCAGACUGAUGUAUCACCUUCCUCCUCAUCAUUUCUGGAAUUUCUUUCAAUUUUGGCAUAAUGUGUUACUGGGUAAGACCUUUUAACCAACUUCAUGCUGUUGAAAACGUUCGAUUUAAUUGAUUGAACUUGAUUGAUGUGAUUGAACAGGGUUUGCAGUAAUCAGGCCUGGUUGUGUCUAGUCCAGCUGAACACCAUUAUGAAUGCAGUUUCAUAGAUUUGGGGAAUUAGUAACUACAGGGGCAAAUACAUUUUCAUACAAGCUCAGUUGGUAUUGGAUAACUUUUUUGCUUCAAUAAACAACAGUUUAAAAACUGUAUUUUUGUGUUUACUCGAGUUGCCUUUGUUUUAUCUUAGAUUUUGUUUUAAUUUCUGAAACAAUUUAGUAUGAAAUAUACACAAAAACUGAAGAAAUCAGAAUGGGGCAAAUACUUUUUCACAGCACUGUAUUUGUGACUCUGAGGAUAUCGUUAUCUACUGUUACCCGUGUCCACUGAAGUUUACAGAAGUGCAUGGCCACAGGGUAAAUGUAGGGUGAUGAAAAUCUAGCUAGCUAGCUAAAAUAUAGCGCAGAGAACAAACAUAUAACAAGUGGCCAAUUAUUUAUCAUUUUGUUCUCCAGCCUGACAAAAUGUUUAGCACAAACCAGAUAGUGUAAGCAGGCUAGAUUUAUCCAAAACCAGAUGGUGAACAGAGCACUCACAUCACUCUCGCCUGAUAACCAGGUUUGAAAUACAAAAAUACAGAGAAACACAGAAACGCCUUCUGUAGGUCUAUAGUAGAGUAACUAGCUUUACAAUUGGCUAAUGAUACAAACUACGCAACAAGGAUAAACAAGCUUCCUCUCUCUCUCUCUCUCUCUCUCUCUCUCGCUCUCUCUCUCUCUCUCCCUCCCUCCCUCUCCCUCCUGUGAUUAUCUGUGACCAUGUAGCUAGACUUCUUUUGUGCCUAAAGUUGGGCAUGAUGACCUUUUAUGUACAGUAUUUUAGCUGGUAUAAGAUGUAUGAGUACAAAUUUCCAGUCGAUUCCAAUCCGACAUGCGAUUACAGGAUUAUCAGGGUGACUCACAGCUCAGGAACAUCGUAUUCUACAGAAUUUUAUUGUCCCCUUAGCCCCUUAGAUUUUUUUUUUAUCCAAAAAUCCUACACGAUGUAGCUUUAAAUGCCAUGGCUAAAUCAAGAAACGUCACAAAAUAUUGUUACACAUUUAUGGCAUUAAGUCAAACGUUCUUGGUGUCGGUUUCAUUCCAUUUCAGUGGUGCUGUUCUCUGUUAGAUGUCCUACACAUAGACCGGAUGCAUAUUUGUCAAGGACAAUCUCAAUAUUAUUAAGAUAACAAAGUUUAAACUCAUGUACUUAGUGAUGGAGGAAAUGGAACAUAUUAUGCAGUUCAGUAUUGCACCUGCAACAUUUCCUCUUGGUUGCUUCAACAUUGACAUUGGCCCUUGUUUUAUAUAUAUACAUAUGAACAAAUCUACAUCUGAUUCAUGAAACUGUUGUAUGUGUGGUUAUUAAAGUGCAUAUUAUGAAUCAGCUUCAGCAGCAUGGGCUCUAACUUCCAUCCACUGGGUUCUUAUUUACGUGUCAUUUGAACAACAGUGUAAUCUGCUAUACAUCUAAUUGCAUUAAACACACUUACAUACUUAA